AGGCGUUUCUCUACCGACCAAUGCGCAGAAGAGAAGUGCAAUCGCUUUCUCGAACAAAGUGAACACUCGCAGUAAACUGACCCCUGUAGCCAUCUCAUCUGACAGAACGGUCUCUUUACGAAAUCAUCAUGCCGUUCAUUGAUUUGGAAAGUAACUUAGCUGCUAGUAAGUUUUCUGAGGAUUUCUUGAAAAAGCUAGGGUCCAAAACAGCUGCUGUUCUAGGCAAACCCGAAGAGAGAAUGAUGUUGGUGGUGAAGCCUGGACUGCCAAUGCUCAUGGGUGGAACUUGCGCUCCGUGCGUCAUACUGUCCGUGUCCGCCAUCGGCGUCACUGACACUGCGGAGAAGAACAAGGAACACAGUGCCAAUAUCUUCACUUUUCUUAUUGAAGAACUUGGUCUUACUGAAGACAGGAUCGUGAUCAGGUUCUAUGCACUGGAGCCUCAUCAGGUUGGAAAGAAAGGUACUGUUAUGAGUUACCUGUAGGCGGCACUGUGGACGACAGAGUGACUUCAAGCAUCCAUUCCACAACAGUUGCCAUUGGAGAGGACAAACCCUGUCAGUGUUUCCACCACUCAAUUGGACAUGAGUGCCACAUGUCGCCAAUAAGACUUGCAUUGCAUUUUAGGAUUAUGGAAUUUGUCCCCAUGAAACUAUGUCCUGGAACCAGGACUCAUUCAUUUAUAUUACUGUACAUUACUGUACAUGUCUGCCAUAGUAAACAGAACCACACAUUUGACAAGCUAGAUGAUAAAAUACCCUGAUUAGAGGAAAUGUAAGUCAAUUGACCUGUAUUCAAUGUUAUUACUAUGUCAUUUCAACUAUUCAUUCAUAUCACAAGAACAUUGGAUAAUGUGGUUAUUGAUUUUUUUUCUCUGCUGUUUUGGUGGUAAGAAUCAUAAUGACUAACAUACACAACCGUCACUUAGAAAUGUCCUUGUUUUUGAAAGAAAAGCAUGUUUCUUUUGUCCAUCUAAAAUAACAUCAAAUUGAUAAAUACAGAGUUUCUCUGUC